AUGUCAGAGCAUGCAACGACCGAUUUAGAAGGCAGAUAUGCCCAGUUGGCCACAAUUCAGAGUGAAAUCGACGCAGCACCACUACUUUCCCCUACUGUCGAAAAACUCGGAGACGGCUGUAACUUAAUGACUGAAUUUUCUGACAACCCGCCGAUGCUCGUCAAAGUUGUUUCCCUCUGGAGGAACGAAGAAACCAAAUACAAGGGUAUACGCUAUGCACGCCGCGAUGGGAACUGUUUCUACCGUUCAGUGGUGUUUGGCAUGCAUGAGUCGCUACUGAACAAUAAGGAGCGUGCCGGUGCCCACCUUGAGCGGAUUACGGACCUCAGUAGGCAAGUUGUGGCCGAUUACGGCAACUUUGCCGAAGAUUUCUGCCAUCCCGCCGUCGAAAUGGCUAAGAAAAUAGAGUCGGGUGAGUGCUCAACGGUGGAGCAGCUGUAUGAACUGUCCACUAAUGGAGAAGCGGAGUACGCACUCUACUUCUACCGAUAUGCCGUGUCACAUCAUAUUCGUACACAUGAAGAUGACUUUCUGCCGUUUGUAGUUGGAAUGGGCCACGAAACGGUGUCGGAGUUCUGCUCAGUGGAAGUUGAUGCGGUCGCGAGCGAGGCAGAUAAUGUGCAGGUGGUGGCCUUCGCGCAAUGCUUCGACGUGCGCGUUAUUGUGGAGUAUGUGGAUGGCAGAGAAGGCGACUGCACUACACGGCAUACAUUUCAGCAAAAGGACUCACACGACGCUAACGAGUACACCACUAUCGAGGUAACGCUACUCUAUCGACCGGGUCAUUACGACCUUCUUUACAAGUAG